CCAUUGAAAAAAGGAAAAUGUGAAUAUAUUGACAAAUCAUCACAAGAUUUGUUAUAAUAUAAAUAUCUUUUGAAAUUAAUUAUUACACUUUUCAGCGUUCUUUUGUAAGGCUUAGAUUGAGAUAAAUAGUUCCAAAAUGUCUGGUUUCCUUGAUAACUGUCAAUGGCCAAAAUGUGAUUGUAUAGAAUUAGGUGAAAGAAGAAAUUAUGUUGCCUCUGUAAUUUCUGGUGUUAUGUUUUUCACUGGUUGGUGGAUGGUUAUUGAUGCUGCAGCUGUAUAUCCUUCAUCAGCUGAUUUCAAUCAUGCCUAUCAUACACCGGGUGUUAUAUCAACUAUAGCAUUCUUUCUGAUGAACUCUGUGUCUACUGGUCAAAUAAGAGGUGAAUCUUAUACUAAUGGUUGUUUAGGUCAAACUGGUGCUAGAGUUUGGCUAUUUUUUGGAUUCUUGUUAGCAUUUGGAGCUCUCAUUGCUGCUUGUUGGAUUUUGUUUGGUUUUUAUGUAGUAGGAAAUCAUGGUGAUAUACCUGAUUGGCCUGGAAUUGCUGUGUUUCUUCAAAAUGCUUUGAUUUUCUUCAGUGGAAUGGUGUUUAAAUUUGGAAGAACAGAAGAUCUGUGGGCCUAAAAACCUUAUUGUUGGAAUCAAAUAAUGUUCAUAGUUUUUAUAUUCUUCUGUAUAUUGUAAAUGUUAAUAUCUUUGUUGUAAAUUUAUUAUGUAAAUAACCACAAUAUUUAUGUACGUAAAUAGGUUUUAAUAGCAUGUCUGUCAGCCAUACAAACUGCAUCUUAUUUUGAAUAAUCUUAAAUUAGUUAUUUGACUUCUAGUUCUCUUACAAUUCAACAAAAUCGCAAUGCGAAGUUUUUAAUGAAUUAAAGAUGGGUUUCCUUAUUUUUUAGUGUCAAAUUAUGCAAACUAUUUGAUUAAUUAGUGUUACUAAUGAAUUAUCAUGUAUUCUUAAUAAUAUCAUUAAGUUCUUAUUGCAUAUGAUUAAGAGUUUUAACCAACCAUAAAUUUCAAUGUAUGUAUAGUCUGGAUAAACAAAAAAAGACUUUUUGACCUUCACUCAUUGGAAUUCUGCUGACAAUUCUCCAUAAUUAAUUAUGGACAUGUGAGACAAACUGGUAUUAUUCGAAGUUAUUAGAACACCUCCACUUAUUAUUCAUAUAAGUAUUAGCAUUAUCAUUUUCAUAAGUAAAAAUAAGGGAACCCAUCUUUAACAUAAGGUAAACCAUCUUUAACAUAAGGUGAACUUACACAGUUGUACAUAUUAAAAUGUAGAAGAAUAAGAAGUCAGAUUUUAAUUUUAAAAUGAUACAAAUGGCUAAAAUUUAGCUCUUUCGUGUAAUAAAGUAAUUUCUUUCUUAAUCAGAGACUAGGUUACUUGUCAGUUUAAAAUUUCAAAAAAUUGCAAAUGCGUACAAAUUCAAAAGUUAUAACCAAAUAGAUAUUUGGAGUUCUAGAUCGAAAACAAAACUAAGAAAUUUAUUAAUCUAUUUCUUUACAUAAGUAGCAUGCAACAAUUGUGCUGAUCUAUGCUUUUUUAGCUUCUGUUGUGAAUUACUGUUCAUUAAACAAUAUCAUGCCUAGUUGCUUUCUCAUACCACAUUUCUGUGGACGUGUAUUGAUGGCACCCGAGUCCCAUUCACAUGUUUACAUUUCCUCGUAAACAGUUUCAGGCGAUUUGGAGAGCAGAGUUUUAGGGAGAAUUUUUGACAUUUCCAGUAUUAUUUCAAGUGAUUCUUUAAACCAUUCCAACUAAUUAACCUUUGGAUAGUAUCAUGCAAACUCUCGCCUUGCGUUAUUCAAUUCUUGACCAAUUUGCUGUACAAUGUCGUUAAUUGGUAAUUCAUUUUUCAUGUGCAUCGUCUCGAACAAAUAGAUAUUCAAUGAAGUCCUGUUUGAAUUCUG